AUGGAACCGGAGAAAUGUGCCAGCUCACCUUGCCAUCUGAAGAAUGGCAGCAGUCACACACAUGUCACUCCUGAGGUGCUCAGCAGCACCAGUGACGUCUUGGUGACUUCCUUGCUGGGAGGCAUCCUGGGCACCAUGUGUCUUGUUGGCACGGUUGGGAACAUCUACACGCUGGUGGUCAUCCACCUCUCCCCGGGACUGACCGGCUCGAUGUACAUUUAUAUAGCCAACUUGGCCUUGGCUGACCUCCUGUAUCUCUCCACCAUCCCUUUCGUAGUCUGGACUUACUUCAUGAGGGACUGGUAUUUUGGAGAAGUGGGAUGCAGGGUCCUCUUCAGCCUGGACUUGCUUAGCAUGCACACCAGCAUCUUCAUCCUCACCAUUAUGAGCAAAGAGCGGUACCUAGCCAUCGCCAGGCCCUUGGACACUGUCCAGAGGCCACGGGGUGACAGGAGAGUCGUCACCUGCUUGGUGUGGCUCGUCUCCUUCCUCCUCACCUUGCCAACCAUGAUCCUCAUCGACUUACAGACCAGCAGCCACGGUGGAGUGACCAAGCGCAUGUGCCACCCCACGUGGCAGAUGGAGGCAUACAAAGUCUAUCUCACCGUACUCUUUAAUACUAGCAUCUUGGCCCCUGGCCUGGUCAUCUGCUACUUGUACAUCAAGCUGGCCAGAACCUACUGGAGAUCUCAGGUGGCCAUCUUGGGCACCCGUAAUGUGAAGAGAUGCCCCAGGCAGAAAGUCCUGUACAUGAUCUUUAGCAUCAUCCUAGCCUACUGGACCUGUUUUAUCCCGUUCUGGCUGUGGCAGCUACUUGGCGUCUACCAACAGCAGCCGGGGAACCUCGACAGCAACACCGCAGUCUUCAUCAAUUUCCUUGUGACCUGCCUGGCAUACAGCAACAGUUGUGUCAACCCUUUCCUUUAUACAUUGCUUUCCAAGAAUUACAGGGAAUACUUACAAAGCUGCUCCAGGCAUGGCAUCCUCCUCUCCGAGAUCAAGUGCAGGAGGAGCUCCUCAAGGAAGUCCAUGUGGUCUGCGAGCCAAGCAUGCACCGAGAGUGUGGCUGUUGCCCAAAUCGAGGGCAUCAACUGCGACAGUAUCGACUCCUUGUGA